UAGGCUUCAGGAACGGUCACGAUCUCAAAUACCCCUAAGCACAGCAGCCACAACUGCACAAGAAAUAUCCUCUGGUGUGCAAGCAAACAGAAGGAAAGCCCCAGAAGUGUCACAACAAACUAUGGGCCUGGAACAGAAACAAACUGCUUCAAGAUCUCGAAGUGAACCCCCAAGAGAGAGGAAGAAGAUACCCUCUGCUUUUGAGCAAAAUGGAAAAGGAGGCAUAAAAAUUGAGCGCAAACGUGUGCCAAAGUCUUCACUACAGCAGAGUGAAGGACAAACAGAUGAGAAGGGAAGUAAAGAAAGGCGUGAUGGGAGAAGGUUAGAGAAAGGGAGGUCUCAAGACUACUCUGACUUCCCUCCCCAUUUUGAGGAAGGCAAGACAGUUAAUGAGGAAAAACUGAGGAAAGAAGAUGAAUAUACCAGGUAUAGGAGUGAUCCAAAUCUUGCAAGAUACCCUGUGAAACCCCAUCCUGAAGAGCAGCAGAUGCGCAUGCAUGCAAAAGUUUCAAAAGUGCGGCAUGAGAGAAGACACAGUGAUGUUGCCUUGCCUCAUACUGAAGUUGAGGAGCCUGAGGUGCCUGAGAAUAACCAUGGAAAGCAUUCACAGUUACAAGGAACUCAGGAUAUAAAAUCCCAUGUGGAUGCCCUGAGGAUAUAUCCAAUAGAAAGAACAGGUGAUGUCAGGAUUUCUGUUUCUAAACAAUUAAUUUCUCAUACCCCAUCAACGCCCCGCCAUAGCAUGGUUCUUACAGAACAUUUAGAAUCCAAAAAUCAUGAUUCCUUUAAAGCACAAACUUGCUUAGAUCCCAGCUCUGCAAUUCUCAGUCGGAAAGCAAAGCGAGAGAAAAUAGAAACCAUGCUAAGAAAUGAUUCCCUUAGUUCUGAUCAGUCAGAAUCAGUGCGACCCUCUCCCCCAAAACCUCAUAGAUCAAAACGUGGUGGGAAAAAAAGACAGAUGUCUGUCAGCAGCUCUGAGGAAGAAGGAGCAUCAACACCUGAAUAUACCAGCUGUGAUGAUGUAGAAAUAGAAAGUGAAAGUGUCAGUGAAAAGGGUGACUUGGAUUAUUACUGGUUGGAUCCUGCCACAUGGCACACUAGAGAUACAUCCCCUAUUAGCUCGCAUCCUGUCACUUGGCAACCAUCUAAAGAGGGAGAUCGGCUAAUUGGUCGUGUAAUUCUCAACAAGAGAACAACUAUGCCAAAAGAGUCAGGUGCAUUACUGGGACUCAAAGUUGUAGGAGGAAAAAUGACGGAGUUAGGACGACUUGGUGCCUUCAUUACCAAAGUAAAGAAAGGUAGCUUGGCUGAUGUGGUGGGACAUCUAAGAGCAGGUGAUGAAGUUCUAGAAUGGAAUGGUAAACCACUUCCUGGAGCUACAAAUGAAGAAGUUUACAAUAUUAUUUUAGAAUCCAAAUCAGAGCCUCAAGUUGAAAUCAUUGUUUCAAGGCCUAUAGGUGACAUUCCAAGGAUUCCUGAAACUUCUCAUCCUCCACUAGAGUCUAGUUCUAGCUCAUUUGAAUCUCAGAAAAUGGAACGGCCUUCAAUUUCUAUUAUUUCCCCGACUAGUCCUGGAGCUUUAAAAGAUGCACCACAAGUCCUACCUGGGCAGCUGUCAGUUAAACUAUGGUAUGAUAAAGUGGGGCAUCAGUUAAUAGUGAAUGUUCUUCAAGCAACAGAUCUGCCACCUAGAUUAGAUGGACGACCAAGAAACCCAUAUGUGAAAAUGUACUUCCUUCCAGAUAGAAGUGAUAAGAGUAAAAGAAGGACAAAAACAGUAAAGAAAAGCUUAGAACCCAAAUGGAACCAAACCUUUCUCUAUUCACAUGUGCACCGUAAGGAUUUUAGAGAACGGAUGUUAGAAAUCACUGUUUGGGAUCAGCCAAGAGUGCAAGAAGAAGAAAGUGACUUCCUCGGAGAGAUUCUCAUAGAGUUGGAGACUGCACUUUUAGAUGAUGAUCCACAUUGGUAUAAGCUGCAGACCCAUGAUGAAUCCUCACUACCUCUUCCUCAGCCAUCACCUUUCAUGCCAAGGAGACAUGUCCAUAGCGGAGAAAAUUCCAGCAAAAAAUUACAAAGAUCUCAGCGAAUCAGUGAUAGUGACAUCUCAGAUAAUGAGGUUGAUGAUGGUAUUGGAGUAGUUCCUUCAGGCUAUAGGUCUACCAGUAGAGAAAGUAAAUUUGCAACAUUAACUGUGCCAGAACAGCAAAGAACAACUCAUCAUCGUUCACGAUCUGUAUCUCCUCACCGUGGUGACGAUCAGGGCAGGACCCGUUCUCGUUUACCAAAUGUGCCAUUACAGAGGAGUUUAGAUGAAAUUCAUCAAAUGAGAAGAUCACGUUCUCCAACUAGACACCAUGAUGCCUCCCGAAGCCCAGUUGACCGCAGACCCAGAGAUAUGGAUAGCCAGUAUUUAUCAGAUCAAGAAGGUGAGCUUCUUAUGCUGCCCAGGGCAAAACGAGGAAGAAGUGCAGAGUGCCUACAUACAACCAGAAAUUCUGUUAGGCAUUACAAAUCACUACCUCCCAAGAUGCCUUUAUUUGAGAAUGGCACUUACUGGAAUCUUUACAGCUCAACCCUGCCUGCAUAUAUUAAGGCCAAAUCAGUGCUUAGUCAGGAUAAUUCACUUCAUCCUAAUUGCCUUAAUUCACAUGUGUCAAGAUUUACAGAAGGACUGUUGGUUAGUGAACUGCAGCCCUCGCUUGACAGGGCUAGGAGUGCUAGUACUAACUGCUUGAAGCCUGAUACUAGUUUGCAUUCACCAGAACAAGAAAGGCAUCCCAGAAAGGUGGAAAGAAAUAGCACCCAAAAACAGAUUAGAAAAAGCUCUGCAUCAGAAACAGAAAGAAUGCGCCAACCGGGAAGUCCCAUGCAGUCAUCUCCAGCAGAUACAUCCUUCAGCCGUAAGGGGAGACAGCUUCCACAAGUUCCCACCAGGAGUAGCAGUACAGAGCAAGCUAAUUUAGUAGUGGAGGAGCGAACAAGACAGAUGAAAAUGAAAAUGCAGUGGUAUAAUCAGACAACAGGGUGUGGUUCUAGUCAAGAACUUGAACAUGAGCAAUAUACUAAGUAUAAUAUACAAACCGAUCAGUACAGAAGUUGUGAUAAUGUUUCUGCCAAGUCAUCAGAUAGUGAUGUCAGCGAUGUGUCAGCUAUUUCCCGCACCAGCAGUGCCUCUCGCCUCAGCAGCACAAGCUUUAUGUCAGAGCAAUCCGAGCAUCCAAGAGGAAGAAUCAGUACGUUUACUCCUAAAAUGCAAGGCGGAAGGAUGGGGACUUCAGGGAGAAUCAUCACAAAGAGCACAAGUGUGAGUGGAGAAGUAUAUAAGCUGGAACAGAAUGAUGGGAGUCAAUCAGAUACCGCAGUUGGGACAGUUGGAACAGGUGGGAAGAAGAGAAGAUCAAGCCUUAGUGCCAAAGUGGUUGCCAUGGUAUCUCGCAGAAGCAGAAGCACAUCCCAGCUUAGCCAAACAGAGACUGGCAACAAGAAGCUGAAAAGCACGAUACAAAGAAGCACAGAGACAGGAAUGGCAGCAGAAAUGAGAAGUCGCAUGGUCCGGCAGCCCAGUCGGGAGUCAACCGAUGGGAGUAUGAACAGUUACAGCUCAGAAGGAAAUCUAAUAUUUCCUGGAGUUCGACUGGGUGCUGAUAGUCAGUUCAGUGAUUUUCUAGACGGGCUUGGACCGGCUCAGCUAGUGGGACGACAGACUUUAGCAACUCCUGCCAUGGGAGAUAUUCAGAUCGGAAUGGUGGAUAAGAAAGGACAGUUAGAAGUAGAAGUCAUUAGAGCUCGAGGCCUAAUACAGAAGCCUGGCUCUAAAUCUACCCCAGCACCAUAUGUCAAAGUGUAUCUGCUUGAAAAUGGGGCAUGUGUAGCUAAGAAGAAAACAAGGAUUGCCAGGAAAACCCUUGAUCCCUUAUACCAACAGACAUUGGUUUUCGAUGAAAAUUCACAUGGUAAAGUCCUUCAGGUGAUAGUAUGGGGAGAUUAUGGCCGAAUGGAUCACAAGUGUUUCAUGGGAGUUGCACAGAUCUUGUUAGAAGAACUUGAUUUAUCCAGUGUGGUAAUAGGCUGGUAUAAAUUAUUUCCACCUUCCUCCUUGGUGGAUCCAACAUUGACUCCUCUGACUCGCAGGGCUUCCCAGUCAUCUCUGGAAAGUUCAACUGGGCCUCCCUGUAUUCGAUCUUAAUGAACGUCAAGCAGGA